AUGGGACUCGAAAAAUUUAAUCCCUUUAAAAAGGACCGUCAAAACUUCCCCGGGGUUGUGAUUCCUUUGUCAGAGGCACCGGCUUACCCAAAUGGAAUGGCUCCGCCAGAGAAGGAGGAGAAAGAUGUUGGCCUGGAUGCCAGCAAAUCUUUGGAACGUGCUCCCUCCUCGGAGAACGGAUCUGCUGGCUCUUUGCCAGACACCAGUUACCUGACCAUUGAGCUUCUCCGUGCCGAGAUCGAUGCCGAAGGCUCUACUUCUGGCCAGGACUCUGUGUACGAUCGCAAAGCAAAGGUGAUUAACCGCGCCCUCCAAGAUAUCGGCAUGGGCCGGUAUCAAUGGAAACUAUUCUUCCUCUGCGGUUUCGGCUGGAUGGCAGACAACCUCUGGCUCCAAGGCGUAGCCCUAACCCUAACACCCAUCGCCUACGAAUUCGACAUCGACACCUCCUGGGUCCGCUUCAGCACCUGCGCCCUCUUCCUAGGCCUGUGCAUCGGCGCCUCCUUCUGGGGCGUGAUAUCCGACAUAGUCGGCCGCCGCCUCGCCUUCAACACCACCCUCUUCCUAGCCGGCGCCUUCGGCCUCGCCGCAGGCGGCGGGCCCUCCUGGAUCGGCACCUCAGCCCUCUACGCCUGCCUCGGCCUCGGCGUAGGCGGCAACCUACCCGUCGACGGCGCCCUCUUCCUCGAGUUCCUCCCCUGCGUCUCGGGCAACAUGCUGACAAUGCUGAGCAUCUGGUGGCCCAUCGGCCAGCUGAUCUCCAGCCUGCUCGCCUGGGCCUACAUCCCGACGUACAGCUGCGCCAGCGCAGAGGGCUGUACGAAGGAGAAGAACAUGGGCUGGCGCUAUCUUGUGCUGACGCUCGGCGCUAUCACGAUGUGCAUGUGGAUUGCGCGCUUCUUCUUCUUCCACUUGUACGAGUCGCCUAAGUUCUUGCUUUCGCGCGGUCGUCAGGAGGAGGCGGUUGCUUCUGUGCAUGGGAUUGCGUAUGAGAAUGGGGCGAAGACGUGGUUGACGAAUGAGAUUUUGAACGAGAUUGGCGGGAUCGCUGAGAGCUUGGAUGCAGGGGACGAGAAGCUGGCUGUCACUGAUAUUGUGAAGCGGUUCUUUGGCAAGUUCUCCAUGGAGCGCAUUGCGCCCCUGUUCUCGAAUAAGCGUCUCGGUUACACGACCGUGCUCCUCUGGUUCUGCUGGGCUACUAUCGGCAUGGGAUAUCCGCUCUUCAAUGCUUUCCUGCCGCAGUAUCUCUCGCAGUCUGGCGGCGAGACGAACUCGUCCUACACUACGUACCGCAACUAUGCUAUUACGUCGAUUGUGGGCGUUCCUGGAUCGAUCUUGGCGUGCUAUACAGUUGAGAUCAAGUAUAUUGGACGCAAGGGCACGAUGGCGGUUGCGACGGUCAUCACGGGCGUGUUGCUGUUCUGCUUUACUGCGUCGUCGACGGCGAACGUCCAGCUCGUUUGUACUUGUCUUGAGGCCUUCUUCCAGAACAUCAUGUACGGUGUUCUGUACGCAUACACGCCUGAAGUGUUCCCGGCUCCGAACCGUGGCACUGGGUCUGGUAUUUCGAGCUGUUUGAAUCGCAUCGCGGGUCUAUGUGCCCCGCUUGUUGCUAUCUUUGCCAGUAGCUCGAAUGCCAAUGCGCCCAUCUAUGCUUCGGGUGGAUUGAUGCUUGCUGCUUUUGUGGCUAUGGUUCUGCUUCCCAUUGAGACGCGUGGUCGACAGACUCUAUAA